UGUAAUAGUUUUUAGUUUUCAGUGACAAGACAGUAAAUCUUCCUGUCAUUUACAUUUAAGUUUUCUACCCUUUUUGCUUUUCUUUUUUAAUAACUGUUAUAAUGGAUAAAACUAGAAGACAUCUUACAAAACUGAAAAAGAGACGAUCAAGUCUUUUUGCAAGUGUCAAACUUAAUGACAGUUUUUCACAGAGCAUAGAGGAGGAAGAGAGUGCCUUUCCUUUUUCACAGGACAGCUCUGUGAAACCAUGGACGUCGAUGGACAACCUCGAUACACCAUCACCUAAAUCAAGAGACACAAGAGAUCAAGUAAAGUGGAAAGGCAGCGAGAAUGAAGCACUCAAGGUUCCACACCGGCAUUCAACAGUGAUCAACGUUAAUGUAGGUGGUAAACUCUUCACCAUUCCCAAGCACCUGGCUAUCAGAUACCCCCGAACCCGAAUAGGCACCUUAGCCCUGUGCAAAGAUCCCGUCAAGCAGCUAACACUCUGCGAUGACUACUGUGUGCUUACUAAUGAGUUCUUUUUUGACCGAGAUCCUACUUUCUUCCACUACAUCUUCCACUUCUACUGUAGCAAUGUGCUAUGGGUAAUGGAGAGCCUGUGUCCCAUCAAUUUUGAGGAGGAGAUGAAGUUUUGGGGUCUACACUUGAGGGACACUCCCCGCUGUUGCCGCAUUCUCUACGAGGAGAAAGUAGAUGAGAUAAGAGACCAGCUAAAAGUGAACAGGGAACUUAUGGCUGAAAUAGAGCCUGUGCACAAUGAGGAUGGUUUCAAGACAAUGUUUUUAGGUGGUGUUCGAAAGACAUUAUGGGACCUGAUGGAGAACCCGUACUCCUCGAUGGCCGCUAAGUCCUUUGCUGUGUUCUCCAGCCUCUUUGUCCUCAUUUCCAUUGUAGCAAUGACUCUAAAUACUGUGAAUGAAUUGAAAGAUUAUAAGGUCUAUGGAAGAACCUAUAUGGAGUGUGUUGAGAUCACUUCAAUUCUCUUCUUUACCUUUGAGUAUUUCCUUCGCCUACUGACUACGUGCGAUGUCAUGCAUUUUUUGAAGAGUGCACUUAAUUUUGUAGACUUAGUGGCUGUCAUGCCUUACUUUAUCCAGCUGUUAUUUGAGGCUUUUGCUGACCAAGAAGAUCUUAGUGUCCAAGAUGACUUGAAGACAAUGGCGAGAGUUAGCAAAGUCAGCAAAGUGCUUAAAGUUGUCAAACUCAUGCGAAUCUUUCGGAUUCUGAAACUGGCAAGGCAUUCAACAGGCAUGCGGGCAUUUGGCUUCACUCUUCGUCAGUGUUUUGAACAGGUCUGCUGCCUGUUUCUGUUCAUUAUCAUGGGCAUCUUCACAUUCUCUGCCCUAAUGUACUCAGUGGAGCAGGAUGUUGCUGGAAGCCCCUUCAGCAGUAUUCCAGAUGCCUGGUGGUGGGCAGCGGUGAGCAUCUCCACUGUGGGCUAUGGAGAUGUGGUGCCCAUCUCUUACUCUGGUCGAGUGGUGGCCUUUGGGUGCAUAUCUUUUGGCAUUAUUCUGAAUGGAAUGCCAAUCUCCAUCCUGUUUAACAAAUUUUCUGACUAUUAUGCCAAGCUGAAGGCCCAGGAGUGCACUAACACUACAGUCCGACAGGCUGUGCACUUCAAGAAAAGAUUGCGAAGGAAAUUUGAAAAUUGCUUUGAGCCACCAGCUGAGGAUUCUGAUGAGGACAACAGACAUCACGUCAGCCUGUGUCAGCACUGAACGUCCUUGUCACUUUCCUGCCUUCAUUGUCCUUGUUCUCAGCCUGCCUUGAAUUAAAUAGGGAUUUAAGAGAUGGUAGAACGGCAGGUUAAAGGAAGUGAAGCGAUAAGCUUUAAGAUGGCUUACAAAUGGCAUGUCAUAGAGGGUCUUUUGUGAAACAACUUAUGCUGAUUUUAAAACACAGUGUCUUUAAUGUCAUUUGUUGAUUUAUAAGUUAAUUUCAGAGCUAACAAAUGGAUUCAAAUAAAUUGUCAUUGCAACCUAGGAUUUAGAUAUUUUUAUCACUUGCCUUCCUCAAUUUAAACAUACAAGUAAGUGAUUUCUGAGGGUAAAGUGAUCCUUAUUUGGCCUUCAGACAACUUUGGUGUACAGUAUAUGUGAGUGUUGCUUUUAACUAGGUUCAUGGGUCAGAAAAAUGGGUCUCAAAGUAAGAAAUUUGAUAUAUUUUGAAAUAUUCCUUUAGGCCUAUCUAAUUAUGGGUUCAGUGCCAACACAGACAACAUGACCUGUAGCUGUCAGAUGUAUUCAGUAGGUUGUUAAAUGUAUAGGUAAUAUGAUGUGGGUUUUCAUGUUAAAAUACUACAACCAACUCUUAAAACACUGAAUGUGAAGGAAAUACUUCAAACAACUCCAAACCUUGACUAUAUUUAAAACUUCUGUGAUGGUAGACAGGGAAGAGCUGCAUAAUCUAACUUAGAGACUGGCCAGUUGUAAAAAUAUAUUCUAGCAGAGCACUGUAAUCGUAUUAUUUACAGCUACUUUUGUAUUUGUAUUUGAUAUUGAUUUGAUUUUAUAGGUAACAGCCAUAAUUUAGACCUUAGUUUAGACUGAGAUUGUUUUUUUAGUUGAUCGGUUAAAUUGAACUAUUAGCUAUAAUAGGAUGACACUUUAUGCCCUCAUAAAGGUAAAAAAUGCCCCUGAAAAUCAGUUCCAGGGAGUAAAUAUUGCCCUUUAAUAAAAAUAAAAGUUAAUUUCUGAACCUUGCUAGGCUCCCUUCUUUGUGCAAUUGGAGACCAUGAUUUUCAAAGGCUAUUGUUAAAACAGCUGAGAAAAUAAAUUGUAUCUUCUUUUCUUUGCUCACCUCAUCAUAUACAACAGACAAAAGAGGGUUAAUGUUGAUCGUAGUACUACAACAAAUAGCAUUUUUUGCUUGAUUCAUUUGAACAUUAGAUUUUAAUAAUCUUACGUUAAGGACUUUAUCACCUUUUCAGAUUAAUUUACAUUUAGACUAUUUUUUAAAUUAUGUACAAAGAUAACACAAGAUCUGGAGGGUGAUUUCCACUAUCAUUUUGUUAUCUGUAAUUGUUGUUUAUUUAUAAUUGUUGUUUAUAAGAAUUACAUAAAGAGCCACUCAGUUACAAGAAUCCUAUUAAUUUCUGUUCCCUAAAACUUUUCUUAAGUAUAAUCCUAUAUAACUAUAUUAUAUUACUAUGUGAAACUCAUUCUAUUCUAUUCUAUUUUGUGAAUCUUUUUAAAAGAUAUAUAGAUCCCCAUUGUUCUGUAUUACAUAACAGCAUAUUUCUUAUUCCUACAACCGGCAUAUAGUGGAAAAGCAAUAAAAAAAUCCAUGGAUAUGAAAAUUGUUUCUUUAAGAUCAUAAGAGAGAACUAGUUGACUGUAUGUAUGUCACUUUAUAAAUAAUUAAAUAUAAACAUUAAUGGAGAGCCUUAGGCUCCAUGACACUACAUGUAAAUGAAACCAGUAACAUUUUAUGUAUUUAGCCCAUGCAAAAUGUGAAUCUCAGAGGAGUCCCUUUCCUGAGGCUCAGUCUAAAGUCUUUGUUUAUAUUGCUCUUAAUGUUUUCCCAUGAACGUCUUCAAUUUUCAUCUCCUCAGAAAACAAUCUAAGCACUGAGCAAGCACGUAAGCUACUGUCAGUGAGAAGUCAAGUGAUCGGACUUAAUGUCUAAUAGGAUUUAAGGAUCAAUAGGACCUGUGAUGCCAGUGUUUUGAGUGAAAUGUUCAACACCAAUUAAAGGAAU